AUGUAUACAACACACAGCAAACCCUAUCCAGAUCUCAUACGUGUAUGGCAUAAACGCACUCUGCAAGGCCUCCCACGCAGUUCUCCGCGGAGUAAGCCCAGUACACGGAAGACAUUAGCGGCUAGUAAUAGUCAUGGUAUUUCCGCUGCGACCUCCAAUAAACAAAUUGGCCUGCGCAGUAAAGACAAAUCUAAUCCUUCAUCAUUUACUCAGAAUAGUAGCUAUAUCAGUGAUGCGGAUGCUGAUGAUAAUGAUGAUAAUUGGUAUGAUGAUUAUAAUAAUGAGGAUGAGGAUGAGUUUCCACCCUAUGUGGAUCCCACAGAAGAACAGGAGCUUUGUAUUGAUCCUAUUCGCGCUCUUGCCAUUCCCCGUUCCCGCUAUCGCACUAUAACGGAGUUAACACUCUGUCGAAAAGGCAUUACUCGUCUUCACCCUAAUGUGCAGUUGUUAGAGAAUCUCGAUACACUUAUCAUUCGGCAUAAUCGACUGCGGCAAAUAGACUUUUUACUCCCUACAUCGGGAUCUCAAGAAGAUCCACUCACAGCUACCGCACAAAGUACAGAUAAUAAUAACGCGGCAGCAAAAACAACAACAACAACUACUACUACUACUACUACUACUACUACUACUACUACUACUACUACUACUACUACUACUACUCCCAAUGCCUCUGGAUAUAAUAUACGUGGAUGUCGUCUAUUACGACGUCUAUACGCCUCACACAAUUCUCUGCAGACACUAGACGGGGAUGUGAGUAGACUUCGACAGUUGGAAGUACUCACAUUAGCACAUAAUCGUUUGGGAAACCUAAGAGCUGUCUCUGCACGGUUAAAACCACUACGCUGGUUGCGUGAACUUGAUCUCCGUGGAAAUCCACUCUGUGAUGAGGUGGGAUAUCGUCUAUUUCUCAUUCAUGAACAUCCAAAUAUUGAGAUUCUUGAUAGACGUGCGGUUCGCCCAGAAGAACGUAAGGCGGCGGCUGAAAUGUAUGGAUCAAACCGAACAAGAACUCCACAAUCAUCGCCGGUAAACACAUUAACACCAUUAACACUACCAGCCAACACUGCAGAGAUGCGAAUGGCACAGUCACCAUCCCCAUUGAGAAGAACACGUGGAGAGAAACAAGAUGGAGAAGAAGAAGAGGAAGAAGGACAAAGAAGAGAGGGUAGUAGUAGAUUAACACCAAGAGCAGUGACGUUCCCAUCUUUAACUCAACCACAAGAAACACCAACAAAAGAACAAGAAGCACAACAACAAGAAGAACAAGAACAACAACAACAACAACAGAUAAUUUCUGUUUCUACUAGUCCAGCACGAGAAACAAGAAAGGAAACACCAAAGAAAACAGUGGCGUUCCUCAGGACUUUUACACACCCACCUGAAGCCGAAGAUACGACCGCGAUGCGUAAAAAACUUUUCCAGCCAUCUCCAUGUGAAGUGAUAUUGAAAAAUAAAAUUCGAUUAAUUGAGACCAAGAGACUUAAAAAACAACAGCUGGAAUCUGAAAAACAAAUAAAGGAAGAACAAGAGGUUCAGGAAAAGUAUAGGGCACUUCAUGCUACAUGGGCAUUAUCACGUCAAGGAAUGCCACUUUCUUCAGAGAAUUGGCAUUCAUUUAUUAAAGCCUUAGAGACCACACCAUCUGGAGCGAGUGUAACAUCUAAUGAAGUAUCAUCUAGUACCUUGCGUCGUCAAUCUACACGAAGGAAGUCGUAUGCAAACCGGCAACAAACAGGAGAAACAACAACAACAUCAAAGUCUAAUACAAUGGCUUUAAGUCCAGGAGGAGGAAUUGAUAUUGAAGAGAUUCAAUUACCACCAGUCACACCUGUUAUUAAAGGUCAUGUGGACUAUAGUGUUCUCUAUGAUGCCUUGCUGGGUCACUCUGAUAUUGUGAAUAUGAGACUUGGGAAGAGACAAGAAUGUUUACCAACUCCAAAUCGGUUGUUACGUAUGGAAGAUGUACUUAAUAAGACGGCAGAAGUAUUACACAUGCAGCUGCAGCAACAUCAACAACAGCAACAACAAGAAGAUGGUACUUUAGGAGAUUUAAGAAGUAAACAAGUUCAAUUAUUCCGUGCAAUUCAACAGGAGAAGGAAUCCUUAAUUCCAGAGCCAUGGGAACAAACAACUGUAGAUGGUUUAACACUCACAAUGAAUUUAUCGGAACAAUUGGAAUAUUUAUAUCAUAUGGCAAUGGCAUUUUUUCUUCCAACGGAGUUAAGUGCAUUAGAGGGACAAUUCAUGACAAACACUGCAGAGGUAGUAAUGCCACAGGAAACCCAGCGAAUGAAACGACCCAUGAAAAAGGAAAAACAUCGAUCUAGUGAUACUGGUGCAUCUUCAGUUAUUAAUGGCACCUCUUCUUUCCCUACUACAAACACAUUUAUGCAACAACGACUUCCAACAGUGUUAACAGCCACAAAUGUAGAAGUUGGACCCCCAGAACGUACAUCUUUUCUUCGUGUAAUGAACAUGUUAGAUGGUGAAAGUGGGGCAUGGAAUCUUAACUUGGAUGAAAUGACAGCGGCAUUCUGUUUCGCCUAUCAAAGUAAGGCACGUGUGAGUAUAGUAGAUGCGCUUGGAAAAGGAGAAGAAGAACGUGGUAAUGCCUCUUCCAAUCGCCGCGGACGACGUUCUCUUGUUAAACCACGAGUGAAGAGUGAAAGACGGCAUGCGGAGAAGACACAAUCCAACACGGGUGAAUCUAGAUCCAAUACCUCUGCUGCAACUAUCAUCACCCCAUCACCUCCAACCACAUCACAGGGAGGAACAACAGGAAUAGCAACAAGAUCUGUUACCCUCAUGUUAAAUGUAAUACUUUUAGAUUUAUUACGAUAUGUACCUUUUGUGGAAAGUCGUCUUGCCUUUUUCCGGGCAAAGUGUGUGGCAACGGCAUCUAAAGGUGAGGGUGGUGCUACUGGAGAGGCUGCACGGGAAUGGUUUGCCAAGGCCCAACUGGCAGAAACACACUUGGAGAAACUUCUACAGGCACUUAAACGUGCGGGUUUGAAAAGAGAAGAGGCAAACAUUCGUUUAGUGCCUCAAGAAAGUAUGGUUGUGCGUCCAGUACAGGAAGUGGGAGAACUCUUUCGAGAACGGGCACAUUUAUUAAAACCCAUGUCUUCUUCGAGUACAUCAUAA